GCUCUGGGAUGUGCGGCACCGCCUCUCCUCGGUGUCGGAGGAGGGACGGAGGGACCGGGCGGGAGAGAGAGAAAGCCUGACCGACCGGCUGGCGAAGAGCUGCAUGCAACCGGUGGGAGGGCGGGCUGGCUGGGUCUGGGGCUCGGGCUCGGACCGUUUCCCGGCUGGUCCCUGGCAGUGAGCGCGGACGGCCCGGAGGCGGCGGCUCUGAGGUGGCAGGCGGAGGGCUGUCUCCUGCGCCCGCCUGCCCGGCGCGGUCCGAGGAUGCGGGGGGGCGAUGCCCGGGGCCAGGGACGCGCUCUGUCACCAGGCGCUGCAGCUGCUGGCCGAGCUCUGUGCCCGUGGGGCCCUGGAGCACGACAGCUGCCAGGAUUUCAUUUACCACCUGCGGGACCGUGCCAGACCCCGGCUCCGCGACCCGGAUAUCUCAGUGAGCCUGCUGACGCUUGUGGUCACUGCCUGUGGUCUCGCUCUCUUUGGCGUGUCUCUCUUCGUAUCUUGGAAACUCUGCUGGGUUCCGUGGCGAGAACGAGGCCUGCCCUCUGGUAGCAAAGACAACAACCAGGAGCCUCUUAACUACACGGACACAGAGACCAAUGAGCAGGAGAACAGUGAGGACUUCCUAGACCCUCCCACGCCCUGCCCUGACUCCUCCAUGAAGAUCAGCCACACCUCCCCUGACAUUCCCCUCUCCACCCAGACAGGGGUCCAGGAGAACUGUGCCCAUGGCGUCCACGUGCAGCGCCAAGUCACAGAGCCAACCUCGUCCGCUCGGCAUAAUUCAAUCCGAAGACAACUCAACUUGUCAAACCCAGACUUCAAUAUCCAGCAGCUUCAAAAACAGGAACAGUUGACUGGAAUUGGUAGAAUUAAACCAGAGUUAUAUAAGCAGAGGUCAUUGGAUAAUGAUGACGGGAGACGGAGUAACAGCAAGGCUUGUGGGAAACUGAACUUCAUUUUAAAAUAUGACUGUGACUUAGAGCAGCUCAUAGUGAAGAUUCACAAAGCUGUCAAUUUGCCCGCCAAGGACUUUUCUGGGACUUCAGAUCCUUAUGUCAAGAUCUAUUUGCUUCCUGAUCGGAAAACAAAACACCAGACUAAAGUUCACAGAAAGACCCUGAACCCUGUGUUUGAUGAAGUGUUUUUAUUUCCAGUUCCCUACAAUGACCUUGAAGCACGGAAGCUUCACUUCUCUGUGUACGACUUUGACAGGUUCUCUCGUCAUGACUUAAUCGGCCAAGUGGUGGUGGAUCACUUCCUAGACUUGGCUGAUUUCCCCAGGGAGUGCAUCCUUUGGAAGGAUAUCGAAUAUGUCACCAAUGACAACGUGGAUCUGGGAGAGCUGAUGUUUUCCCUGUGCUAUCUUCCAACGGCUGGCAGGCUGACCAUUACCAUUAUAAAAGCAAGGAAUUUAAAGGCAAUGGACAUAACAGGAGCAUCAGAUCCCUACGUGAAAGUCUCGCUGAUGUGUGAUGGCAGACGACUGAAGAAGAGGAAAACAUCCACCAAGAGGAACACCUUGAAUCCUGUUUACAACGAAGCCAUAGUCUUUGAUGUCCCUCCCGAGAAUAUUGACCAAAUCCACUUGUCCAUAGCGGUCAUGGACUAUGACCGUGUAGGUCACAAUGAGAUCAUCGGCGUGUGUCAAGUAGGCAACGAGGCUGAGAGGCUGGGCAGAGACCACUGGAGUGAAAUGUUGUCAUAUCCUCGGAAGCCCAUUGCACACUGGCAUUCCCUGGUGGAGAAACGAUGACCAUGGGUAAGAGGACUGCUUGUGCCAAGGACACAAUAGGACAACCAUCUCACAAAGAUCUUAAGUAACUUUUUCCAUCCAGCAACACCCAGACGAUUUCAGUGACCAAAUGCUCAGCUGUAACCACAGCAAUAACUGGCCUUCUUUCCAGACUGGGUUUGGUGAACCUGAAUGGUCCAGCCACCUUCUGCAGGUGGCCCAAGGUGAUGUGCUGCAGGGAAGCAUGUCUCUCAUGCCAAGAACCAAGAUCGGACUAUGAAUGAAAACAAGUGAUAGAUAUAGUGACAGUACCAAGAGUACCAGGACUCAGUGUUUCAUAUGAAGCCCUUGGUGAUGAGGACAUAGCAUCUGCCCUGGAAAUUGUUAUUCUAACAUAAUAUUAUUUUCUAGAAUGCCCUGGAAGGACAGAAUAUUUAAAAAUAUAUCCAGGUGCUAAAUAGGCAGCAGAUCUGAAUUCACACAUGACUACCUUUGAGCUAAUGACUGUCUCCAGAAAAUAACUGUGCCCCAAGAAGUGCUCCAGAUUUGCAAGGAAUAGCCCCAAGAGAAUAAUAGGACAAGCAGUCUGUUCCCUGGAAAAAAUCUAAUGCAAGGAGGGCUAGUUCACAGCAAAUUCACUGCCUCCUCCCAUGCACAUGGUAGAUAGUACCAGUAUCAACAUGGCCCUGUUUUCUGCUAAAACCAGAUUUUGAGGAAUCAGAGACACCCAACACUAGUCACUCAGUAGCCAGCAGCCACUUCCUUUCAACUGGGAGUGUUAUUAGCAUGAAAAGUGAUUGUUAUCACAGUUAGAAGGGCAUACAUCUCAGUGGCAUGAGCAUUGUGGAAUAUCCUUUCCUAGGCACAUUUGUCCACUAAGGGAAUAGCCUCAGAAACUGGUAUAGCAAUGGGUGAGAUGAGAUCAUGGAGAGAGAACACAGCCCUCCCCUACAGAAAGGCACAGCUUUUGGGCUUCUCUGGCCUGAGUGCCUUCUGGGGUAUUUCCAUAUGCAACAGCCCAGAGUCAUAGCCUUGGGCAACCACACAUAGAGGUUUCCUUCUCACUUCAGACACAUAUAUCACUUUCACAGCACUUGGGGAUAGAAAUACCUACAAGAGUGAAGGUCAAGGGCCCUCCCCAGGCAUCUCAUUCAUUACUCAGCUUCCUUCCUGACCAAAUCUGCCAACCAAUGGCCAGCUAUGCGCCUCAUCCUCAUUGCGUCUGCCUCCAAGUAAAUGAAACCAAAGGCCUCAGCAUAUCCUGGGAGGACUGGGGGCUGUUACCUAAUGGUCCUCUCUCUGUCCCAUUAUAGGUGCAAGGCACCCCUUCCACACAUUUGCACCACUACUCCAAGAUAAUAUUUUUCUUUUCACACAAUCUCUUUACAGCAGAAUCCAGAGUUGGAUUGUAGUUUACCUUCCUGGAAAGCUCAUUAUCUUUGUUUGAAUUAACAUUUCAGCAUGGAACUAACUGGGCGGAAGAAGGAUCGUUACACGUCUUCAGAAAGUUCUCAUUGCCCCACCUGCCUAGUACUACACAAGAAGCUCUACUCUGAUGGCAGAUCUAAGAAGGCUAUAGGCCUUUGGUUGUAGGAAGCAGUGUCAUUACAUUCAAGCUUCACUUCUCUGAUUGGCUUCCAACCACUGGGAUUCAAAGAGAAUCCAAGGUUCUGCCUAUGUCUGAUUACAUAAGGAAAAUUUGGCUUCCUCUGCUCAAGGUUCCCCUCUGCUCAUCACUCCUCAUUCAGACUUCCUCCACCAUACCAGUGUUCAAAACAUGAAGGGCUAGCGCCACCAGGAUAGUUAGCAGAAAUAUUGUCUGUAAAGCUAGGCAGAUGAACCCAGAAGAAUGGUCCCAGAGAAAGCAGACUGGCUCCAAUAGAUAUCAGGCAGCAAUCCCAAUAAAUUCUGACAUGUCCUUGGCAAUGGAAGCCUGGGUUGGAGAUCCUGAGGCAGCUGUGCCUACUGUUCCCCACCUCAGAAGCUUCCUGCCCAGAAAGCCAGCAGCCUUGGGAUACUAAUGAGGAUACAACUGGCUUGUUGGUAUGAAAUAGAAGGUGACUUUGUAGGGGCAAGCAGGCAAAGAGGACUAUCCACAUGGCAGGCAGGUGGCUUUGUGUCUGGAAAGCUUUGCCUAGCCAGUACAGCUGUGACCAGAGGCUGAUUAUAAAUUUGAACUCCCUCAGCCCAUUUGCAACUCUGCCUCUGUUCUCUUGCAUUCUGUUUGGUUGCCCUUUAGUUUCCUAGUAAAUGCUCCUUUUCAAAAACUCCAACCUUGUCUCAUUUAACUUGGGGAAGGGGAUUCUCCAGUGUCUUUUCCAGGAUAAAGAAGGAAAUUAAAAUACCAUGAAAAAAUGGACAUGGCAGUAGAAAGGAAACAUUCUGAUCAGACCUUGGGAAAAGCUGGUGUCAAGAGAGAGGGAGAGGCCAGGUGUCCCCCCACCCAACUGGCACUGAUUCUCAGCCCCUUCCUCUUACUUCUGUUGGCUUCAAGGAGAUCUGCCCUUGAUGUGUGUUGCUGCCAAAGCACCCUCCCAGCCAGUGAAUUCAACAUAUGCAGCAGGCACUUUGAUGUCCAUGAAGUACACUGGUACAUGACAGGAGCAAGAGUCAGGGAGGGGAGGGGAAAGGUUUCUACAAUGUGGAUGUUUUCAAAAUUCUCCAACAAUCAUGACUCUAAAUGGUAUGAUUUAGGGCUGGGUACAGUGACUCACACCUAUCAUCUCAGCACUUUGGGAUGCCAAGGCGGGAGAAUCACUUGAUACCAAGAGUUCAAGUCUGGCAACAUGGAGAGAUCCCCAUCUAAUUUCAAAAGAGACCCCCUGGCUAAUUUUUAAAAAAUUAGCCAUGUACCUGUAGUCCCAGCUACUUAGGAAGCUGAGAUAGAAGAGUCACCUGAGUCCAGGAGCUUGAGGCUACAGCGAGCCAUGAUUGCAACACUGCAUUUCAGCCUGGGUGACAGAGCAAGGCCCUGUCUCUCUAAAAAAGAAAAAAGUAUUAUUUAGUUCACAUGGCCAUCAGUAGAACUACAUUUCAUAUGAUAAGAAGAAAAUAAUUAUUUUACCCUUGAGUCAGGGAGAUUGACGAAGGAUAGGUAUGGAAAAUGGCUUGCUAUUUUCAUGGCCACCCUGUCCUGCAAUGAGGGGGGCGGGAAGGGGGGGGCAUUCCAAUGACUUAUUGCUGCAUAACAAAGCACCAAAACAUAGUGGCUUAAAUAGAAAUAUAUUGUCUCUCAUGAUUAUCUGGGUUGACUGAGCUUAGUUGAUGCUCUCCCCUGCAGUCUCAUGGUUGCUCUCAGAUGGCAUCUGGGUCUGGCAUCAUCUGAAUGCCUGCCUCGGAUGGAUGUCCAUAAUGGCUUCUUCACUCACAUCUGGCUCUGGAAUUGAAAUAACUGGAACAGCUGCAGAAUGGCUGGACAUCUCUCUCCACAUAGUCUCUCCACAUGGUUAGUUCGGGCUUCCUCACCACAUGGACAUCUCAAGGUAGUGUUCUGAUAAAGUGACUGGCUUCCUCCAGACCUAGCAUUGCAAGUGGUCCAGCUAGAUGCUACAAGGUUCUGUUAAGUAAGUUCUAAAGGAACCUAGAGUCAUUUCUGCCACAUACUAUGGGUCAAGAGCAAGUCAUAAUCUUGAAUCAGCCCAGAUUCAAGGGGAAAGAAAUUACACAAGAAUGGAAUACCAGAAGGUGUGGCUCAUCAGGGCCAUCUUUGGAGACAGCGGGGAUGGGAGAGGGAGUGGGGAGGUUAAUGAGUUAAAGGGCUUCCUAGGUAGCUGUCAGUUUAAAAGCACAUCGAAUGCUCAACACACAUGGAGAAUGCAGUGAGUAAUAAGGGGUAGAGGAGAAGGCAAGAGCUAAACAUGGACAGUUAAACACAGUAUAAGCUAAAGAAAAGCAACCGAUUCUGACUGAUACAGUGCUUAUGAACUUUCAAAACAAUUUUAUGCAAAGUAAUUUAAUGAACUGAGAAAAAGACACAAAUAUGGAUGUGAAUAUAGCCAAAAACAAUGUCUACUGCCUGUAUGUGGCUCCUGAUAAUUCUGCAGGCCACUUAGCUGCCCCUGGCCACCCACUUCACUGAUAGCCACCUGGCACUAUUGAGGGUGUCUAGCUUAGGAGUGGCCAGCCUCUGGUAUUGCCAUUCAAACUCAACCCAGAGAAGAAGGCUCACCUGUUGCUUACUGUGCCCUUCCACAUCCUUACAAAGAGUAUCUCUCUCACACAGGAGUCCUGAGUUGGUUGCUGGCACAGACCACAACCAGAGGCUGAGUGGCCAGUGAGACUCCUCUGAGACUCCGGUUUUCUCUCUAAUGGGAAUUCCUGACUCUUCCUUCUUCAGUCCUCUCUCGGGACCAAAGAGGAAGGACACCCCUCGAUAUCCUUUGGCAAUCACUGUGGACACUUCCCCAGCUAUAGAGGUGUUGCUUUGGGAUCAUCUAAGACAGAGUCAAGCCUUUGGCAAUGUUCAGGAAAUGCUGGUAUGUCUCUGAGAUGAGCUUUCAAGAGGACAGGCAUGUUAUGAAUGGGGCCUUUCUGGGCUAGCACAUACUAUUCUACUUUCUUUUUUUUUUUUUUUUUUUUGAGAUGGAGUUUCGCUCUUGUCAUUCAGGCUGGAGUGCAGUGGCACAAUCUCGGCUCACUGCAACCUGCGCCUCCCAGGUUCAAGCAAUUCUCCUGCCUCAGCAUCCCGAAUAGCUGGGAUUACAGGUGCCCGCCACCACACCCAGCUAAUUUUUUUGUAUUUUUAGUACAGACAGGGUUUUGCCAUGUUGGCCAGGCUGGCCUCGAUCUCCUGACCACAGGUGAUACACCCGCUUUGGCCUUCCCAAGUGUUGGGAUUACAGGUGUGAGCCACCACGCCCAGCCUCAUUAUUCUACUUUCUAUCAAGUGCAUUCCAAGAUAGGCUGACCUUUAUGGAAGAAGUGAAAUAGAAAACUGAGGAAAAGAAAAUAAUCGGGAAAAAAUGUCCCACCAGUCAAGAAAGUACCCCAAGGAAGACCUACAGGACAACUUCCAAGGCAAAUGGGAAAAGAGAACGUUGGCAAUCUAGGAGCUGCAGAAGGAGAGAGCCCUGGUCUUCAUCCCUAAGCCCAGGAUGAAUGUGAGGCAAAAAUAGGCUCUGUUCUUUUGGAGGAAGAAAAAGCGAGUGAGCAAGCAAGCAAGAGGGAGAGAGAGAAAGAGAUAGAGAAAGAAAGAGAAAAGAGAGGGAGGGAGGGAGGAAGGGAGGAAGCGAAGGAAGGGAAGGAAGGGAAGGAAGGAAGGAACAAGCUCUGAGCAGUGCCACAGACCUGCUUCUAGUGUCCCUGAUAUAAAGCUCUGUUUGCUCAGUCUCCCAAGAGAACAGAUCAAGCUUCUCCAAAGGACUAUGGCAGGAACCCAAUUCCUUCUUCCACUCAAAAGACUUGUCACUUGCUGCCUGGGAUCCCUGGGCAUAUGGGCUGCAAAAUUCAACUAGCUGUGUGAUCACCUCUGUCACCUCACUCCCUGGUGUCUUCCCACUUGUGUCCAGGAGCUCUGGGCCUGGGAAGGAUUAACAACCAAAAAUAAAGACGGCCCACAAGGCCUCAGAGGAUCAGGAGCCAGCCCUGCAGUCCGGAAAUUCUGGCUAAGCCUCUUUCAUUAGGGUCUCCCAGCUCAUCCAUAGGCUAAUGCCAAACUUUCACAACAGCUAGUGGUUCUCAUGACACCUCCUCCUGGUAGAAAGGAAAGAAUAAGUCAAAAGGACCUGGGCCACAGAUUCUGUCCUCUUGAGUCAUUGAUUUUGCCUCCCUAAACUAUAUCUUAAGAUAGAUUACUCUGUGAAAGCUGGAUGGCCAUUGCCAGACAAUUUAAAAAGUAUAUAUAUCAAUAUGAAAUGGAUUGAUGAUAAUCAAUAUUGCAUAUUAUAGUUUAUAGUACAUGGAUGGUAUUGCUUUUAUUCAUUUUCUUUAUUUUUUGAAAAUUGAAUUUGUGAUUUUAAACAUUAAAGAUAAUAGAAAAAUUAA